AUGUCCUCGCUGAUCCGAUGCACCGAUGACCUCCUCCAUCAGAAGGCCGUGCAGUCGUCGCACUACGAGCGGCUGGAGCGUCAGCUGUUGGACGGAGAGCGGUGCCGCCGUGCUGCCGUCUUGGCGCUGCGGCAGCGAGUCGCAGAUGUGAAGCGGCGCGGCAAGGACGUUGUCGACCUACGCCGCGAGAACCACCAACUGGCGGAUCAACUCGCCCAGCACGCGCUUCAGCUUGCCGCGCUGCAGUGCCGCAACACCGAGUCGAAGAAGAGAGAGAGCGCUGCGAUGGAGCAACUCGAGGAUGGCAUACGAGGCUUUUCGGGCCAUCCAGCACGCAUUGUCCUUCUUGUGCAGGCCCUGCAGGCUCAGAGGCAGCUGCACUGCGCAGGGAGGCGCUUCUCGAAACAGCUCCAGAUGCUCUGGGGCUUACUGUGCGUGCGCAGGCGGGCGCUGAUUUUUGUGGCGCAUUCAACACGGGUGCUCAGCGCGCACGCCGCCUUGCAUGUGCGGCUGACGAGUGCGCUACGCGACCGCGUGACGCGGUGUUCGGAGAUGCGUGAGACGGCUGACCGCCGCACAGAAAUCGCAACAGCUGCGCGUGUGGACCGCGUCAUGUCAGACCAGCAGACGGCGGAGCGAAUGCUUCUCACUGUACGGGCUGAAGCGGGCCUUCUGAGCGUGUACGCUGAGGCUCUGGAUGGCGCUUGCGGAGCAGCCAAGGAGGAGGUUGCCGCCCUUUCAACCGAGAUCGACAAGUGUGAUGAGGGGUUGUCGGCGAUGCGUAGGACGCUGCAAGAGGAGGAGGCGGGGGUGGCCGAGGCGAAACGCUCUUUGGCAGCACAGAAGACAGCGCACGCGGAGGCGUCGACGUUGCACGAGAUGCAACUGGCGCGGGCUACAGAAGAGCUCUCCGCUGCGACAGCCGACGAGGAGGCAGCCAACUCACGCGGAGCGGAGCUGCAGCGCUCGGCGCAGGUCACUAAGCAGGACACUGAGCCUCUUGCGCGCCGAGUGUACGCCUUGGCAUUUCUCCUCCUUCUCUGCGAACAGGAACAGCUCCGGCUCUCACGGCAGUGUGCUGCGCAGGCGGAGGAGAAGGCGAAGGCCGAGCUGGAGCUUGCGCAACUGCGCACAUGGCAUGAAGAGCGGCUGGAGCGGCUGCGUGCUUCACGAGCAGCGGCAGCGAACCAUGCAGCCCGAGAUGCGCUGCUGUCGAAGGAGGCGCACGACCGCAAAGCCACGCUGGAUCUCGAGAGGGAUGAGUGGAGACUGCUGUACGCGCAGUUGGUGCGCGACGCCUGUCGUGCAAGAGCUCAGGCCUCUGCCGCUGCGGCCACCGCGCAAGUCGCCGAAAGGUCGCGACGUGCGUCGGUGGCUGGCGGAAGAGAGGAAGUGGAGCGAGUGCCGAGUGCGCGGCCUCCACGACGCAAGCGAGUGCGUGUGGAGGGGCAGUCAUACGUCACCGCAACGGCCGCGUCGCGUCGACAACGGGCUGCGCUGGAGGCGGUGGACGCUUUGAAUCUGACAUCGUCACAGCACAGCACCAUUGGCUACCGCACGACCACGUCCGCGUAUGGGGAGGCGGCAGCGGCAGAGUUGGCGGCACAGCGGCACAGAAGCGGCGCUGCACACUUGAUGGCCAACAUCCACGCAACACCACUGCCCCAAUCCACGGCCUCGUCUACCCUGCGCCCGUCGUACCGGCUUACUUCCGUGAAGCCUGCUGCAGUGGCAAAGAAGCCGACACGAGCGCCGCCAGCGGUUCCAGAGUUGCCGAACCCUGUGUCUGAUAAGAAACGAAAGGCUAAUGGAAGAGUCGCAGCUGCCGCUGGUGCUGUGCAGCACACUCCAACAACGGCAGCGGCGCACGCAUCGGCCAUUUCGCCAUUCACUUCCGCAGUGAGCGAAGAGUCCUCGCACUCGAGCUUCUCCUUGGUGAGGAACCGAAAGAGUGCUGCCGCCGAGGCCGACUCCGGGAGCGACAGCUCCGACGUCCGACUGUACUCUCCAUCCCCCUCCCCGCGAUGCCCGCCUGGAAGACACGCAGCUGCUGUUCCACUAAUUGCCGCUGCGCACCCUCUUCCCAGGCCUGUUCCUCGACAGGGAUGUGACGAGGCUGCCUUGGUAACCGCCCAGCACGUCUCUGGCAGCGCUUUGGCUUCUGCGCUGGCUGCCUGCACACCGCGCAGCACCGCCAUCGGAGGUAAUGGCAACCGCACAUCUUCCCAUCCUCCUCGUUUUCCGUCCCAUUUCACGGGGAACUUCGCGGCACUACCUGGCGUGCGCGGCGGGACGCGGCUGCCCCACAAGUCGAAGGCGGUGCGGUUACCAAUGCGCCGUGCGCCAUUUCUGGCGGCAGCUGCCGCGGACGUCGGUGAGGACCUCUUCGCGGACAUGUUCUUGUGA